AACAUACAAUUUUACCUCAUUUCAUUGCUUUACAUUUCAAUUACUAGAUAUAAUAUAUAUAUAUAUAUAUAAACAAUUUAUAAAUAAAAACAAAAAGCCUAUGAUUCUAAAAUCAUGUAUAUGUGAAUAAACAAGUAAAAGUAUUUAGUAUAAAGUAAUGAUCAUACUUUUGCGUUAUUCUAUUUUUAUUAUUAAUUAUUAACUACGAACACUGGAUGUAAAAGUAAAAUUUGUCAGAUAAGAAAACGUUAUGUAAUAAAUAAAAUACAAAAAGAAGACAAAGAAACUACAACAAUAAAGUUCUUCGACAAAAGAGAUCUAAUUGUUAUGUCCCAUCUGAAAAAGCGUCUAAAAAAUUCUUCUCUGAAAAUAUCUAAAAUCUUUGUUAAUCAAAUCAAAAUCGAAAAUGAUGCUGAUUGUAUUUUUCGAUUCAUGGGGAAUCCAUUUCCUUAUAAGAAAUAUUAUGAAUUGAAUGCCGCUUUCAAUUGAAUGUUUAAAACUACUAUGAAUCUGGUAUGACGUACAUUCAUAACCACGUGUUGUGGUAGGACCGUGGUUGUAAGUAGUAACUUGCGACCUUGUGACAGUGAUAAAUUCGAUUUGAGAGUUUUUAUGACGACAAUAAUAUUAGCUAGCUGCUAAAUUUGAUCGGAUUAUAAUCAUAAAGUUCAUGUAGAUGUAUACAUUUCACGAUGCUUAAAUGUCAGGAACCAACAUCUGCAUUCGCAAUGUAUGCUAUGAAACGUAAAAAUGCAGAAUUAUCAUCACAUUCAAAGAGAUUAAAGAAAAAACAUAGUCCUCCAGAAAAACGAGCGGGUUUAAAGAAUGAUGCGCAUUUGAAAAUACCAAGAAAGGCAAAACAAGCACCUGUGCAGAAAAGUGUUCAAGAGAUAAACAAGGUUCCAAGAACAAUAGAUAAAAUUCAAAAUGUAAAUGGAAAUAAUAAUCUAAUAUCUAAAAAGACUAAUUCUUCUGUGUCUUCUAAGAAAAAUAAAUCAAUUCAAAAACCAAUACAUAAAGGAGAUAAAAAGAUGGCUAUAAUUCCUAGUUCAAAGAAAGUUGAAUCAAAAAAAAAAUUAAGAAAUUCUGUUUUAAUGGUAAAUAGCGGUGUUGCAAAAAUGAAACAGAUUAAACAGAAGCAACAGAAACAAGUGAAAAGCAAAAGAUUAAUAAAAAAGAAUACUCGAGAGACUGCUUAUGCCAAUUGUAACAUAACUGAAGAAAACCAUGAGAAUCCACUAAUGACAAGUCGCUCGAUGUUUGAAUGGUUAAUACAUCCUAUGAAAGUAGAAGAUUUUUUUGAAAAUAAUUGGGAAAAAACACCUGUCCAUGUAAAGAGAAAUUUUCAUAAGUAUUAUAAAUUACUUAUGUCUACUCCAAUGUUGGAUAAAAUAUUAAGGGAAUCUUAUAUUUUAUUUACGAAAAAUAUUGAUAUUACCUCGUAUGAAAAUGGUAUAAGAGAAACGCAUAAUCCUGUUGGCCGUGCAAUUCCAAGCGUUGUUUGGGACUAUUAUAUGAAUGGAUGUUCUGUUAGAAUGUUAAAUCCACAAACAUACAUACCAAAGUUACAUUCCUUAAAUGCCACGCUACAAGAAUUUUUUGGCUGCUUUGUUGGUGCAAAUUCCUAUUUAACACCUCCUAAUAGCCAAGGUUUUGCUCCACAUUAUGAUGAUAUUGAAGCCUUUAUAUUACAAAUUGAAGGUAAAAAAAGAUGGAGAUUGUACAAACCACGGAAUGAAAAUGAAUACUUGCCAAGGUAUUCUUCGAAGAAUUUCUCACAAUCUGAGAUUGGUGAACCUAUAUUAGAUACAGUUGUAAAUGCAGGAGAUUUGUUGUAUUUUCCACGAGGAACGAUUCAUCAAGGUGAAACUAUUGACAAUACACAUAGUCUCCAUAUUACACUAAGUGUUUAUCAAAAAAACAGUUGGGGUGACUUUUUGGAGAAGUUACUUCCAAAUGCAUUAACAACUGCUAUAGAAGCAGAUAGUGAAUUUCGAAAGGGUUUACCUAUUGAUUACCUAAGACAAUGUGGAUUUGCAUAUUCUGAUAUUCAGAACAGUGCCAAGGAUGAAUUCAAGGAAAGAAUAAAACAUUUAUUUAAUAAAUUAAUAGAAUAUAUUGACAUAGAUAAAGCUGCAGAUUUAAUGGCAAAAAAUCAUAUUCAUGACUGUUUACCACCUGUUAUUUCUGAAAGUGAACAGGAAUGCUCUGCUGUUCAAGAUGGUGAAAAGAUGAUUGAAAAUGGAAUUGUUGAAAACAGGGUAGAGAUAGAACCUGAUACUAGAAUUCGAUUACUGAGAUCUCAUUGUAUAAGGUUAAUUAAAGAGGAUGAGACAUUUAGGAUAUAUUAUUCGAGUGAAAAUUCUAAAGAAUAUCACGAGUAUGAACCACAAUUUUUAGAAGUUGGUGAAGAAUUUGUACCUGCUAUUCGAGAUAUGAUAUUGCGAUAUCCUGACUUUAUACGCGUAGAAGAUUUGCCAAUUGAUAGUGAAGAUAAUAAGAUACAGAUAGUUAAAGAUCUUUGGGAAAAAUGUCUUCUUGUAACAGAAAAUCCAUUAUGUAUUUUGGAAUAAUCACAUAUUUUAAAUAAUAUGUAUAAAAAUCAAUAAAAAAAUAAAUAUAAUAUAAUAAUGUAAUAAAAACUAAAGCUCAAAGGUUCA